AUGGCGGGGAAGGUAAAUUUCUAUAUAGGAAGCAAUUGUUGUGAUCAUAGAUGUCAGCAGAACCAUGAGAGAACAGUUCGGCGAAGAAGGCCAAAUGAAACUCGCUAUUGCAGCAGAAGCCACCAAACUUUUAAUUCAGCAAAAACUGCUUCUCGCAAAAAGUCAUGAAAUCGGCCUCAUUGUAUUAGGAUCAGAAGAAACAGAAAACGACCUAGCAGAACAGUAUGGCGGCUAUGAAAAUAUUUCUGUUUUACAAGAGCUUGACGUCUCCACGCUAGAUUCCAUGCUACUAAUGAACACUUUAACUCCUACCAAUGCUUCAGGAGAUGUUUUAGAUGCAAUUGUAGUCGCAGUCUCCAUGAUCACAAAUCGUAUUGGGAAGAAAAAAUUCAAAAAAAGACUUUUCAUUAUCACUGAUGGAAACUGCUCAACUAACUCAGCUGACCAGCUUCAAGAUAUCAUUGACCAAAUUAAUUUGCAAGAUAUCAGAGUCAAUGUAAUUGCUAUUGGGUUUGGUGAACAAGCUAAACAUAGCCAAACAAAUCAGCAAAAAAAGACAGCACAAGUCCUCAGCCAGUUAAUAGAAAGUGUCCAAGGAGCUAUUUAUCCGAGUGAAACUGCGAUGGAAAUUUAUAAGCAGUUUCGGAAAAGAUCAGUAUAUCCUGUAACCAAGUAUAAGGGUCAGCUGGAUUUUGGAUUAGGCUAUGGGAUUGAUAUCUGCGUCUAUGGGAAGACUAAAGAAGAAGUCCUGCCAAGCUUGAAAAAACAUUCAACUGUUAUUCCUUUCUCAAGGAAUGUAGAUGAAGGAAAACUUAAGAUGUCAAGAGAAGCGGCACUAGAAGAUGACCCAACUGGAACUGUAAUUGACCCUGAAGACAUCAUAAAAGCUUAUUUCUAUGGGAAAUCUGUUGUUCCUAUAGGGACGGUCGACGAAGAUCUAUUGAAAUUUGCAUGUCCAAAGUGCAUGAAACUUUUAGGAUUUCUACCAUCAGAUGCAGUUCCAAGACACUUUUUUAUGAGUGGAGUCGAUAUGGUGCUGCCAGCAGCUGAGCCUGACCAAGAGGCUGCCUUUGCAGCAAUUGUUCAAGCCUUAUACCAAAGGCAAGAUUCAAUUUUAGUCAGAUAUGUAUCACGAGACAACACGCAGCCUCAUUUAUGCAUUUUAUCUCCAUGCAUAAAGCCAGACCUAAUUUGUUUAUGGCUCAAUUAUUUGCCUACAGAAGAAGACUUCAGAGACUAUUCGUUCGCUGACUUAGUCGAAUCCACACCUGAACAAGACGCUGCAGCUGAAAAUUUUGUCAAUGCUUUAUCAUUAGAUGCUGAUGGCGAAUCUCUGAAGCCAUCCUCUACCUUUAACCCAACCCUACAAUACUUCUACCAGUGCAUCACCUUCCGAGCUGAAAACCCAGACCAGCCUUUGCCUCCUCUUGACCCAAAUAUAGCCCAUUAUCUAUCCCCCGACCAAGAAUUAUACAAUAACGCAAAAGCUGAAUGUGACAGAUUUGCCAGCAUGUUUGCGUUGAGAGAAAUUGAAGUCCCGAAAAAAGAAAAGAAAUUCUACGCAGACAUUAUUAAAGAUGAAGGCAAGCCAAGAGACGACAUUCCUAUGGCAGAGCCUUUUAGUGACCAAAUUUCUGAAAUUAACCCAGUUGACGAUUUUUAUAGAUUGCUAAAGGAUAGACAAGUUGAUAGGGUCGGCCCUGCUAUAAAACAAAUGCAAGAACUUAUUGUGAGGCUGGUGGAAAAGGCGUUUCAAGGGAACACUUAUGCGAAAGCUAUUAAUUGUUUGAAGAAUCUAAGGCAAGGAUGUUUGGACGAAGACGAGUUUGAAGCUUUUAACCUGUUUAUGAUACAGCAAAUCAAAAGACUCCAACAAAUACACCCUGAUUUCUGGAACUUGGUAGUCGCACACCAUAUAUCACUGAUUACAGAUGGAGAAAAUGAUAAAAGCACAGUGAGUCAGGCUGAAUCUGAUGCAUUCCUGGUGAAAAUUGAGCCUCCACAGUCUCAAAGUCAGCCUGCAGAUGAACUUAUGGAUGAAAUUGAAUAA